AUGCAGUCCUCUUGCUCCUUCCUGCUCUUACUAUGCGUGGCCCAGCUGCUCUGCCCGUCUGUUGCCCUGCCGUUCGAGCAGAAAGGCUUCUGGGAUUUUGCCCUGGACAGUCUGGACAUUGACUUGAAGGCCAUGAUGAAGGAUGAGGAAGAAGGAUCAGCCAUUGAAGAGUUGCCCCCUCCCGACAUGCCCACGUGCCCCUUCGGCUGCCAGUGUCGACUCAAAGUGGUCCAGUGCUCUGACCUCGGUCUGAGUGAGGUGCCAAGUAAUAUCCCUCCUGACACCAGGUUCCUGGAUCUUCAGAACAAUCAUAUCAGCGAGCUGAGAGAGAAUGACUUCAAGGGCCUCACCAAUUUAUAUGGAUUAUCUCUGAGGAACAACUACAUCUCCAAGGUCCACCCCAGGGCAUUUAUCCCUCUCCAGAGCAUGCAGAAGCUCUACUUCUCCAAGAAUCUGCUCACCAGCAUCCCCAAGAACUUGCCUGCCUCCUUGGUGGAGAUUAGGAUCCACGAAAAUCAGAUCAGGAAGGUGCAAUCUGGUGCUUUCUCAGGACUGGGCAGCAUGAACUGCAUAGAGAUGGGAGGAAACCCUAUCCAGAACAGUGGUUUUGAACCUGGUGCCUUCAAGGGCCUGACACUGAACUUUUUGCGCAUAUCAGACAGCAGACUGACUGGCAUACCCAAAGAUCUCCCAGACAGUCUCCAUGAGCUUCAUCUUGACCACAAUCAGAUCCAGGCUGUGGAACUGGAGGACAUGAAACGCUACAAGAACCUGUUCAGGUUGGGCCUAAGUUUCAAUCACAUCCGCAACAUUGAGGCUGGAAGUCUUGCUUUCAUACCGAGGCUCAGAGAGCUGCACCUUGACAACAAUCAACUCUCCACUGUUCCCAAAGGCUUCCCGGAUAUGAAAUACUUGCAGGUGGUGUACCUCCAUAACAACAACAUUGCCAAGGUGGAUUUGAAUGCCUUCUGUCCUAAAGGAGCAGGAACUAAGAGAGCUUUCUACCACGGCAUCAGUCUCUUCUCCAACCCUGUCAAUUACUGGGAGGUGCAGCCCGCAACAUUCCGCUGCGUCGGUGACCGAAUGGCUGUCCAGUUCGGAAACUACAAAAAGUAGAGGGGGUUUGCUCGGGGGGAUGCAGCAUAUGGAGGGAAAGUGAUGGAGAAAUGAAGAAGACAAUUUGAAUUAAUAAACUUAAAAUAUUGGAGGAAUUGAAUUUUUCUUUAAUUAUAGAAUUUCUUUGAGUGGGGUGGAUUAAAUAAACGUCCGUCAUAAAAUUAAAGGUACAGUAAAACGUUGAGAUUUUUUUUAUAUUUAAGUUCACUUUUGUUGAGAGGAUAAUUCACAUCUGGGAAGAAUGUUUGGGCCGAUCCAAAAUAGGAAGAAAUUUAAAAAAAAAUCCCCUGUGUAUCUUAUUCAAUGAAAAACAGAGAAGCCAUAUCAUAGAUUUUUACAUCCAGAAAUAUUUGCUUUUUAUGAGUGUUGUACAAUGGGAGAGUUGCAAAUUAUGGUGUUAGUAUUGAACACUAGAUGUUACUAUUUCUCACCUUUUUGCAAAAAAACAACAAGACGUGGAGAAACAUAGAUACUAAUUCAAGUUUAGAUGGUUCAGUAACAUGUUUUGCAUUCCAAUUGGGGUUUACUUGACAGAGCGGCCUCUUCUCAGCAAUAAACAUGUUUUGUAUUGACAUGAUUGAACCUCCACAGAUACUCUCUUGUGCCUUUUAUCACUAUUUUGCUAUCUGUAAGUAGUCUUUGAGGGGCGGGGCAUUUAAGUAGUGGGGGUGUGGCCCAUUUAGAGCAACACACACACGCGCGCACACACACACGCAUACACACACACACACACACGCACGCACACACACGCGCACACACACACACACACGCACGCACACACACACACACACACGCACACACACACCAGCUUUGCUUAUGGAAAAAAAGUAAUGUGUAUACAUAGUGCUGCAAACUAAAGUAGUGUUGAUGCAUUGUUUUGCACAGUUUUUGCUCACUUUCUCUCUGCUUGGUAAUGCAAAAGCUCUUUCACCAUAGACAUGUUGUCCUGUCUCCACUCUGUAAUCUGACAAGCUACUGCUGCAUGUGAAUAAAGACAUUUCCAAAUGCUGCAUUAAGCCAGAGAGCAACCCCUGGGUCCAACAUCCUAUUGCAGAAAUAUUAAAUGAGGGGAAUGUUUUAUACAAUGAAUCAAACACAUUCUAUUAUUAUCAUCAUAAUAUAAUGGCUAUUAGUCUAAAUGUUAGAUUGUGAGAGAAGAUGUCAGUUUACACAUACUGGCUUGAACACAUUAAUCUGUCGUCAAUUUAAAUCCAUAUUUUAUGUUUAAUGGUGCUAUAUGUAAAUUUCUUUCCAGUGUAAACCUUCACAGAUUAUUACCAACGCAACAGAAUACAAAUAAAUUAUGCCAAACUUG